AUGAUCAAAGCUGUCAAGCAAGGAAGAGUUGAGUUUGUUACUGAAAUACUGAAAGCAUGUCCUGACCUUGUGUGGUGUGUUGAAAAAUCCAAGGAUCGACACAUAUUUAUGGUUGCCGUUCUAUGCAGAUAUCCUGCAAUGAACCUAUCAUUUACAUUUCGCAACAAUGAGGUGGAGAGCAUUGUCUGUCCUUCCAUUUUAGAAGGUACAAACACAAAUGGUAAAAGACCUCGAGAAUUGUUUAUAGAAAGCCAUAAAGAGUUGGUGAAAGAAGGAGAAAAAUGGAUGAAGGGGACAACAUCUUCUUGUACAGUGGUAGCUGCUCUGAUUGUUACCAUUAUGUUUGCAAUAGCAAUUACUGUUCCAGGUGGCAACAAACAAGAUUCAGGCAUGCCAACCUUCUUAAAUGAGAAGGUUUUUAUGGUCUUUAUAAUAUCUGAUGCUCUGUCUCUGCUUUCUGCCUCAACCUCAUUGUUGAUGAAAAUCACAGGUGGUCAUUCCUAUCAUUAUCAUGCUACUGUUCCAGUUACCCUAUUCGCAUGGAUGCAAUUUCGCCUUCUUAUUGACAUGGUCAUUUCAACAUAUGCAUCAAGGAUCUUAGACAAGAAAGCGAAGUAUGGGUCAUAA